AUGACAAGCAAACGGGAAAAGUCACUGGAUCAUACAUUGGAGCUAAAAAUACCGUUCGAAACGGAACGACAAGCAACAAUAGCAACCAAGGUUCUAUCUCCGGACCCGAUUUUGAAACCACAAGAUUUCCAAGUAGACUACAGCUCCGAGAAAAAUGUCAUGCUGGUCCAGUUUAGAAGCAUUGAUGAUAGGGUACUUCGUGUGGGUGUCAGCAGUAUUAUAGACAGUAUCAAGACCAUUGUAGAGGCUAUGGACGUUCUAUCAUAA